ACAGGAACAUCUUUCUAAUCACUGACGUGCUGAUCCAAACUAAUUUAACUAGAGUGACUUUAAAGGUCAUUUUACUUAACAUGGGACUCCGGGCAGUACCUGUACAAGGGUUUCUUCUAUCCAUGGCGGUGUUCUGUGCGGGAUACCUCAUAACACAACCAAAGUGUCCACCAGGAAAACACGUUUACACUAACUGCACGGAUCCAUGUAUUUACAAUGGAUCUAUCACUCUGUGUGAGUCGAAGCCAAACAGCCAAUGUGUCCCAGACUACUGCGGCGCAUGCGUCACACGAUUCUACGAUGACACCGGGAAAGAAGUUCACUGUGAAAUUGAGUCUGGUAUUAUAUGUGAGCAGAAGACACACACCAUAAGUUGCCGUAAUGGACUUCUGAUUUACAUGACCGAGGCUAACUUUGGAAGAACGUCCAAAGAGAAAUGUCGGCACCCUUAUGCCAUUGAGCGUCUACACAACAGCACAAGCUGCCGAGCUCCAUCCUCUCUACACGUCAUACAGAAACUCUGUAAUGGCCGCCAGAGCUGUACUAUUACAGUAGAGAAUGAUAUGUUUGGGGCAGACCCGUGCUAUGGCAUCUACAAAUACCUGGAAUUCGAUUUCAAAUGUGUCUCUCAAGAUGAGAUUAGUCUCAGCAACAGUAACAAACCUUGUGUCUGCAUCAUAGGUUGUCUACUGCUGGUGUACAAAUUAUUGAAGAAACCUUAGAGAGAGAGAGGGGGGGGAUGAGCGAGAACAAGCAAGUUAUAAUAAAACAUUUGUUUAAACAUUUGUAUGGAACGUAAGAUUUAAAAAUUUAUAAAAACAUUGUAAUUGUAUAUUUUUCACAUGUAUUUAAGAAUUUUAAUAUAAUUGUAAGAUUGUGUAGUAGAGCAAUUUGCAAUCUUGUAAAAUUUGUUUUGUUUGUUGUUUUAUAUUCUUGUUGUUUAUAUUUUUUGUAAUAAAUAGUACUGUAGAGCAAUUAAAAAAAACCCCAGACAUUUACAUGCACUAUGCUUUGAAACACUGUGUGCGAAUCAAUUUUCAUUGAUCUAAUAAGGUUGCUGCAAUAUUGACCUGCAUUUUGUGUUGUGUGAAAACAUUAUCAAUUUUAAAACUUAAGUAGAAAAACAUGGUUAGGUUUUACUAAAGUUAAAAAAAUCUACUCUUUUCUAGAGAGACAAUUCAAUUGUUAUAAAUAUUUGCAUUUGUAAAAGGCAAAAGAAAUAAUUUUAAACAUGUAUAUAUACCUAUCUUAACACAUGUUCAAGAUAAAUAUUUCUGAUCAAUAUAUCCAUAAUAGCCUCUUAAGAUUCUCUUACAAAGAAGAAAAUUGAUUAACUAUUCAAAAAGAUGUACGAUCCAAUUUGUUUGCUCUAGAUGCAAGAGGCUUUGUAGUAAGUGCUGUACAAACAUGGAUAAAGCUUUUAUAUAGAUAUGCUAUGAUGAAUGUUUUAAGUUUAAAAGUUAAUUUCUUUUCACGUAUUUACUUCAAUGUUUAUAUCUGCAUGUUCAAGGACAUAUAGUAAGCAGUUUGGGUUUAAUUGGCACGUACUUGUGAGUUUAAUAUAACAGUUAUUGUAUAUGUGCGUUCUAGGUCCCAAACGCUUAAAAAUCAUCUGG